CAGCACCUCACCACGCCUGCGCAAAAAAAUACAAGAUGGCGGAGAGUGCGGAACUGAAGCAAAUGGUGAUGAGCCUGCGGGUGUCUGAGCUGCAGGUGCUGCUGGGCUACGCUGGACGCAACAAGCACGGACGCAAGCAUGAGCUGCUGACCAAGGCGCUGCAUCUGCUGAAGGCUGGCUGCAGCCCCGCCGUGCACAUGAAGAUCAAAGAGCUCUACCGACGACGCUUCCCUGCCAAAAUGGUAUCCCACUCAGAACUGGCCAUGCCCGGGCCACACCACCCAGCCACAGCUGGAGUGGUUGGAGGAGGGGGCGCUGCACUGCCUGCUGGCCUGACACAGCUGGCGUAUGAGGGUCACGCCGGUCACGGUGGAGCCCCGUCGCCCGCUGCCUUACUGCCCCUCUCACUGCUUGGCCCUGGGAAGCACGAGUUAACGGGGCUGACACACCACCUGUCCAGCUCAGCCACGCUGCACCCAGUCCACCCAGAUGUCAAGCUCCAGAGGCUGCCCUUCUACGACAUGCUGGACGAGCUCAUCAAGCCAACCAGUCUAGCAUCAGACAACAGCCAGCGAUUUCAGGAGACGUGUUUCGCCUUUGCAUUAACGCCACAACAAGUCCAGCAGAUCAGCAGCUCAAUGGACAUCUCGGGGACCAAAUGCGAUUUCUCAGUUCAAGUUCAGUUGCGGUUUUGCCUGUCGGAGACGAGCUGUCCUCAGGAAGACCAUUUUCCACCCAAUCUGUGUGUGAAAGUCAACGGGAAGCCAUGUAACCUGCCGGGUUAUCUUCCUCCAACCAAAAACGGUGUAGAGCCCAAGCGGCCCAGCCGGCCCAUCAACAUAACCUCACUGGUCAGAUUGUCCACCACAGUUCCUAAUACCAUUGUGGUGUCGUGGACCGCUGAGAUUGGAAGGAGUUACUCCAUGGCAGUGUACUUGGUGAAGCAGCAGUCAUCCACAGUGUUGUUACAGAGACUACGAGCAAAAGGCAUCAGAAACCCGGACCACUCCAGAGCACUCAUCAAAGAGAAGCUAACAGCAGAUCCAGACAGUGAAAUAGCCACGACCAGCCUUCGAGUGUCGCUGCUCUGCCCGCUGGGGAAGAUGCGGCUGAUGAUCCCAUGCCGGGCGCUGACGUGCUCCCACCUGCAGUGCUUUGACGCCACACUGUACAUCCAGAUGAACGAGAAGAAGCCCACCUGGGUGUGUCCUGUCUGUGACAAGAAGGCCCCCUAUGAACACCUCAUCAUCGACGGGCUUUUUGUGGAGAUUCUCAACAGCUGCAUGGACUGUGAUGAGAUCCAGUUCAAGGAGGAUGGCAACUGGGCCCCCAUGAGGUCUAAGAAGGAAGUGCAGGAGGUCUCCUCUGCUACCUAUAACAGGCUGGAUGGUUCGUGUCGGACGUCUGCAGGCUCAGAUCAGCGGAGCUCUUCGGCGUCCAGCCACGGUGGUAGCGACAGCAGCAAUAGCAAGAAGGUGGAGGUGAUCGACUUGACACUGGACAGCUCCUCAGACGACGAAGGACCGGAUUCACCACCUCCGCCGCCACCGCCACCACUGCCUCUUCCACCCAAAAGAGCGUGUCCCUCUGUUUCCCCGACCUCGCCACCCAUCAUCAACAAAGGAGUGUUGAACCUGCACCACCAGGCCUCUCCUGUGAGCCGCACUCCCAGCAUGCCAGCCGUGGACACCAGCUACAUCCCUCCUGUCCCCCCACUCAUCCAGGACUAUAGACCCUACUACCACACCCCCAACGACCUGUCAGAGUUGAACUUCUUCUCUUUUCUUCAAGGCGACAAUCACCAGCAUUACAACAUGGUGAUGGCAGCAGCGGCCGCCGCUUCAGCGUCAGACGACCACGAGCUGCUGCUCAACCGCUUCCUGCCCUACAGCACCUCCUCCUCCUCGUCCCAGCUGUUCCUCGACCAAUCAGGAGCCUCCUCGGCCCCUUCGUUGACCGCGCCGACCAACGGGGCGAGCAACUCGGGCAGCAGCAGCAGCCUGGUGUCGUCCAGCAGCCUCCGCGACACUCACUCCACACACUCGGGCUCACACUCGGGCUCACACUCCUCACACCCCGGGGUUUUGGCCAGCCGGAGCAGCGCUGAAGCAGCAGUGGCAGCCAUUUACGGCGGGAUACCCGACGUUAUAUCGUUGGACUGACUCGAGAAGAGUCAAGGCUAAACUUUGGGUCCAGCUGCAAUCCAGUAACAGGCUUUUUGACUGCAGGGUAAAGUUUUGAUCCAGAAACUAGACUGGCCCCAAGUCAUAAAACGGCAAACGUUUGUGGAGUCGUAAUGACAAGACUGCCUCACGAAGAGCAUUGAUAUUAUAAACAGGCCUGAGGGUUCCCUUCACUAGACUGACCUGAGAACAGUACUGAGUCAUCACUUAAACGGGUCAGCUGUGGACAUUCUGUUUGUAUACUGACUCCAGAUCAGAAACUUGUCCAGCAUGUGAACCCACGCAACUGCGAUACUGGUACCAACCCGGCACAAGCGGCAAAGACGCUACCUGAACAAAAACACAAAGGAGGACGGCUCUUUUUUUUUUUUUUUUUUUUACGAAAACGAGGAGUGGCAAACCUGUACAGAGAACAAAAUAUAUUUUCCUCUUUUACUUUUGUAUGUUAAAUCGGGACAUUUUCAGUCUAGUGAGCUGCUCCAAUCGCUGUUUUUAAGUGGACGACUGAGGUUGUUUUGGUUUAUUUUUUUCUCUCACAAAAGCUUAUACAUACGCCCGUUGCCAUGUGGUUAUCUUUUUCUUCUCUUUUAUCCAGCUUUACAUUUUGUUUGCAUUUCUUCAGUAGAAACUUUAAUUCUCUUUUUCAAACUCAUUUUUAAAAUUCAUAUUGUAUUAUUUCUCUGUCCAAUGACAAGAACACUGAAUUUACAGUUUAUUCGUGUACUAAUAAUUUUAUUAAGCUUUUAAGUUAUGUAUGAUAUUUAAACUGUUAUAAAUAUAUUCUAUAUAUAUAUAUCUAUAUAUGCAUUCCCUUUGACCUUUAGGUUAAUGCUGUGGGGAGUGUGUAGGUGGAAAUUAGCCAUUUCUGAUUUUUCAUUUUCACUCCAUGAUUUCCAACUCCUCACAAAGACUUUGCCGGCAUUCAGCAUUUAGAAAUGGAGACUUUUAGACUAUUUAUACUCGCCAAUUCACAGUUUUGAGCUGGAAGAGUUUCUUUUGUUUUCCUUUUUUUUUUUUUUUGCACAAUGCCAAAAAUAAGAUACGGUACCUAUGGAAAUUAUCACUAUAAUCAAGAGUGCAGUUGAAUCUGUGUGCCACAUUGUUUUCAGUCCAAGUGUCCACAUCUUCGGCUGGUGGUUGUUCAGACGCCUAAACUGUUUGUCCUUUUGUCUCUGAUUUUCUCAGUUUCACCGUUGUUGUUUUUUUUUUUUGCUUGUCUGUCAAAAAGGAAUUCCAGUGAAGGUCAAGCUGUCGUAGCAUCGUCGGCCUUUUAAAGAGACGGCGUCCCUGGCAUGUGACCGAGUUUAAACUAGUGCCUGUUAGUGCGCAUGCUUCACAGCGUGUUUGGGAUGUUUGGGUUUUCAGACUCAAAAAAUAAUGUCUUAAAGGGUCAUCCACAACCUCUGUUCCAUCUCUGUCCAAGCUUGCUUUGAAGACUUGACUUGGGACUAGUAUCUUAGACGGUGUUGAUGUUAUCUAGCGAGUUAUCUUUGGGAAACUGCCUGUGUAAAAGCAAUGAAGAGUGCCACAGUGAAAGAGGGAGAUCUCAACAUGCCAACUCGUGGCUCAAAGCCAGCUGGUUUAAAAAAAUACAUGACCUGUCUGUAGUUUAAAAACCCUACGAGCUCGUCGGUGUACAAUGUGGAAGUGUCAAAGCGAGGCGCAGUACCUCGAUUCAGCUGAGUUUGCUCAUGAAUGUAUUGUACAAUUUUAAGAGUGGACACACUUUUGGUUAUUAUGAGAGGUUGUCAAGGUCACGCUACCAGUGACAUAGAGUAGACCUGGUACACUCCUCUGUCCAGUCAGCCCACCUCCAGCCUGUGUGUGUCCUUAAAACUUUCCCCCCUUUUCAGCCUCUGCUCGAUGUUCCACUUCCAGACGUCCUAGACAGGCAGCUCACUUUAAAGCCUAAUUAUCCCGACCACCAUGAGAUAUUCACUUCUGACAGCAACCCCCAUCGCCUCACAUCCUGUCCCGUCCGUCAGCGACUAACUGGGAGACAACCCAAAAUGACCCCCCACCCCUCCCUUUCCUUUCUCUUGGCAUCUUUAAGUUUAUUCCCCGUUCUUCUCAUGGGAACCAACCCCCGGCUCUCACACUGACCCGGAACAGGUCUCGUGUUUUUCUGUGUUGUGCAGUAUUUUAUUUAUUUUUAAUUGUUAUUUCUUCUUAUUUUUAAUUAUUAUAUUUUUACAAAUUCUUUUGGAUUUCCAUGAAUGGGCAUGUGAGUCACUGUCACUCGGGAGUUGUUGUGAUAUGAUUUAAUUUAAUAUGCAUUUUAUUAUUAUUCUUGGCCAGCAGCGCGAUUUCUCAAAAAAGGUACAGUUCAGUUGUUCGUCUAGAAACGCCUCUGUGUAUUUUCUUGGGAGCUGACAGGAGUUUCACACUUCUUAAUAAGAACAAAAAAAACAUGGUUAAUUAAUAUGGGCAUGACUCCUGAAGAUUUAAUGUAGGAAUUAAUUCAGGGUGGAUUGCAUUCCUGUUCCUCACCACGUCACUGGCGUAAGUUCAUGUGAUUAGAUGACGCAUUAAUGGAUCAUCAAUUAUUGAUUAUCUCACAGUUACUUUAUACAUGAAUUAACUAACACUAAGUUAGCUGGAAUCCAGUUGCACAGAAAAAGGGCAGUAUUACUUUUUAUAGAAACUGUUAGUCAGAUAACAUUGACGUGUUGCUGCAGAAAUCAUCUCUUGUAUUGUUGGCAGGUCACAGUUGGAUCAGGUCAGUCAGUCGGUCCACUUUGGUCCAAAUGCAAUAUCUCAAAAACUAUUGGAUGGAUUACCGUGAAACCUUGCACCGACAUACAUGGUCCCCAGAGGAUGAGUCCUACUGACUUUGGUGAUCCUCAGACUUCCUCUAGUGCCACCAUCAGGUCAAAAUGUUGGUUUGUCCAAUACUUUAAGGCAGCAGAACUCAUCACAUUCCCAUCAGCCUUAGCUGUACUACAUGUUGAGCGCUUGACAUGUUACUGAUUAGCACUUAAGCUAGCUAACAUGCUAAACUAAGAUGGUGAACAUGGUGAACAUUAUGCCUCAUAAACGUCAGCAUCGAGCUGGUAGGUAGAGUAAAACAGCUUCAUAUUUCUAUUAGAACAGGUGCUGUUUUGCUUUCAGAGCGGCUGAUCAAAUGCAUGGGUCUGAAAUGUCCUUUGCUAUUUUCCCUGUCCAAAGAAAACCAUGUAUAUAAAUUUGGAGAUUUUUAAUUUUCCUGAUAUUUUUAUGGGUUGAGAGAAAUCUCCUAUUUUUGUACGCUAAAUAAACCACUUAAAAGCUCAGUUGAAUUGGUGAAAAUGUGUGGUCACAGAGCAGAAAGGAAGUUUUUCUUAGCUUGUGAAAUGUAGACAUUUUAACGAUGCAUGGUUUUCACAGAACGGCGAUGCUCCUGCAUGUAACUGGAUUCCAGCUAGUUCGGUGGCAUCUGAAUUAAUGUAUGUAUGACGAAACUUUGAGUUCAUUAACUGAUGAUCCAUUGAGUGUUCACUCACCUCAUAAACUCGCAGUGACUUGAUCAUAUUGAGCAAGAGGAAUUCAUGAGCCAUCCUGCAUUCAUUCAUUCAUGCAUCAAAUCAUCAUGACUCAUGUUAUGUAUUAGUUAUGCAUUUACUUACUGCGUGUUUGUACCUUCAUUAGAAAGUGUCGCCCUGACUUUCUACACUGAUGAUGAAGCUGUUGAUCCUUUAGUUACCAUCGUGUUAGUUUGAAUAUCAAUCACCAGUAUUUGGAUGCUAAGGUGGUCACAGGUUUUCUCAAACCCAAUUUAAUUUAUUUAAGAUUCUUUCCUCACGCUUGUCGGUGCAGCAGAUUAGGCGCACGAUGUGAGAGAGCAGACCGUGUUGAAUGUGUUUCUGUUGAAGUGCUCUAUACAUACUGGGGUCUAUAUGGCAUUACCGAAAGUCAAACCCUCCUCCAACUCCCAAGUUCAUAAUGUCCACAGUUCCAUCCUGUGGUUCACAGUUGUUAGUUUUCCGAGGGAGAAGCUGGGGGAGUUUUUUUGUUAGAAAAUAUCAGAUUACCUGCAGGGAUGGAUAAGCACAGGCCUGUUGCCAUCUCAAUCCCUCUCCAACUUGAGUCACACACAGAUGUGCGGAGUAUAUGUAGAGCAUUUUUUUGCUGCAGCAUAUGUGUUUGCAGGUGUGAGGACACUGGGAAUAAGGCCACUAUUAUCAGUAGUUACUCUUAAAGGUGUUUUCAAAAAUCUCCACAGGCAACCGUGACGAGCAGCUCAACACUCGGUUGUCAUGAGCUAAAAUAGAUAAAAAGGGAAAGUCAACAAUGUGUAUAUUAUGUCUGUAUGGAAACCUGAAAGUUCAGAUCCAAUCGUGGGUGUUUGAUGUCCGUUUGUAUGCUUUUUGUGUGUCAGUUCAGAGCGAGAGAAUAAAUUAAUUUAUAUAUUUUUUAGAAAAUGAAAGCUGUACUAUUAUAAAAAAAAAAAAUGGACUGUGGCCAAUAAAGAGUCUUA